AUGGGUGCAAAGCUCUCAUCAGUAUCAAUUGUUCAAGCCCAAACACCAGUCAUUUCUCUGUGGAACACGCUUCCCGCGGAUGUCAGAACCACAACCAGCCGUUUGAGUUCCAAGCGGAGGGCACCAAUAAAUAUAUGGAAAGAGGAACGUAGUACAAUGGAUAUUAUGGUGAAUGGCCCUCGGACGGCCCAAGUGGCUGGCAUACUCCAUGAAAGGGACAUACCAUACUCAAUAGCCAUACCAGACGUGUCUGUCCUGCUGGAAAGGGAACAGGGUCAUGCCGUGUCAAAGACCUUCAAGAGGUCUUCUACUGUCGGAGACCAUAAGAAGAUGGAUUGGCAGAGUUACCACAGACUGGACACGAUUUAUGAGUUUAUGGACAACUUGGCAAUUGAAUAUCCGUACUUGUGUUCAGUCAGUGUGAUCGGGAAAUCAUCGGAGGGGAGGGAUAUAAAGAUGUUAAAAAUAUCUAAUGGUAAUUCGAACAACGUGGGCGUUUGGAUGGACGGUGCCAUACAUCCUCGAGAGUGGAUCAGCCCUGCAGUAGUCACAUACCUAGCUGAUAGGAUCGUUAGGACAUUUAAUGAACAACCAGAUAGCGUCACUAAUAAGGACUGGUACAUUCUACCAGUGAUGAACCCAGAUGGCUACGAGUACACUCACGUGCAUGAUAGGAUGUGGCGAAAGAACCGAAAGCGCUACGGGGAAUGCGUGGGAGUAGAUCUAAAUAGAAACUUCAGCUAUGGUUUCGGUGAGAAAGGAGAAGAAGGUUCGUCAGAAGACCCUGGUAAUGUGUUCUACAGAGGACCAAAAGCCUUCUCCGAGCCAGAGACAGCUGCUGUCAGGCGUCAGAUACUAGAAGCUGACACGACGUUCAAGGUGUUCCUGUCUUUCCAUAGUUACGGAGAAGUCAUCAUAUUCCCGUGGGGAUACACUAGUGAACCUUGUCCUGACUACGUCGAGCUGUUAGAAGGAGGUACCGCUAUGGCCAAAGCAAUCUUCAACACAAGCGGUCGCACAUAUAAAGUUGGAAGCACAAAAGACCUUAUGUACUACGCAGCAGGGACGAGUAUCGAUUGGAGUUAUGCCGUCACCAAUAUCCCGUACUCUUACAUGGUGGAACUUAGAGGAAAAACACAUAGGUUCUUGCUACCAAAAGAGGAAAUAAUUUCAACUGGCACAGAAGUAUUAAAUGGUGUGUUAAGACUUAUGGACUUUGUAGACAGACGAUGUACAGGAACACAGUCUUGCGUCUGUCCAAAAUAG